CUCCAUUUUGCCUCCGACAGCCGGCGGAGGAGUAGCGGUUCGCAGUAGACUCUCGGCCCGGCGGCAGGACGACGUCCCCCCCAGUAGGUGUUCGGAGCUCUUGGCGGCCUGAAGCGGCACUUUAGCGGGAUGGCGGCCCUGCAGCGCCUCGCAGUUCGGAAGGAGCGGCUUUUCUGAGGAUUUGCUCAUUUAACGGCUGGUCGUAGAGCGGAGGGGAAGGUGUUGGUUCGGCUUCGGAUGUUCAGAUUCCCAGCAAGGAUGUUGCACUGAGCAUGCUCAGUGUGCUGAUUGUCACCAUGGCGUUGCUGAGUAGCAGCCAGGCCUGCAGCAGUCAGGAAAACUGUGCAGCCAACAAUGAAUCCAAAGCCUACUGUUACUCAGCCCGCAUUCGCAGCACGGUGCUACAGGGGCUGCCGUUUGGAGGCGUGCCCACCGUGCUUGCCCUCGACUUUAUGUGCUUCCUGGUGCUUCUCUUCGUCUUCUCCAUCCUGAGGAAAGUUGCGUGGGAUUAUGGCCGCCUGGCGCUGGUCACAGACGCAGACAGCGUUGCCUCAGCGAUGCACUCAGAGACACCUGAUCGCUACGAACGCCUCACCUCGGUGUCGAGCUCCGUGGACUUUGACCAGAGGGACAAUGGCUUCUGUUCCUGGCUCACGGCCAUUUUUAGAAUAAAGGAUGAGGAGAUCCGUGAGAAGUGUGGCGAGGACGCCGUGCACUACCUGUCGUUCCAGCGCCACAUCAUCGGGCUGCUGGUCGUCGUCGGCGUCCUCUCCGUCGGCAUCGUCUUGCCCGUCAACUUCUCCGGCGACCUGCUGGAGAACAACGCCUACAGCUUUGGACGCACCACAAUCGCCAACCUGAAGUCUGGAACCAAUCUGUUGUGGCUCCACACUACAUUUGCCUUCAUGUAUCUGCUGCUCACGGUCUACAGCAUGAGAAGACACACAUCCAAGAUGCACUACAAGGAGGAUGAUCUGGUGAAACGCACUUUAUUCAUUAACGGCAUCUCUAAGUAUGCUGAGGAGAGUCAGAUUAAGCAGCACUUUGAGCAGGCGUACGAGAACUGUGUGGUUCUGGAGGCUCGUAUUUGUUACAAUGUGGCCAAACUGAUGGCGCUGAGCGCCGAAAGGAAGAAGACGGAGCGCAGUAAGAAGUUCUUCACCGACCUGAUGGCUAAAGAGCACGUCCCCACCAUGAUCAACCCCAAACCCUGUGGACACCUCUGCUGCUGCGUCAUCACCGGCUGCGAGGAGGAAGAGGCUGUGAGCUACUACACCAAGAGAGAGGCGAAGCUAAAAGAGGAGUACAGAAAGGAGAAAGAAAAGGUCCACACCAAACCCCUGGGCAUGGCCUUCGUCACCUUCCAAAAUGAGGCCAUGACCGCCAUCAUCCUGAAGGACUUUAACGCCUGUCAGGUUCAGGGCUGUCGUUGUCACCAGGAGCCUUGUUCCUCUCAGUUCAGCGAAGUCCUCCAUGUUCACAACUGGAGCGUGACGUACGCUCCCGACCCGCAGAACGUUCGCUGGGAGCACCUCUCACUGGGCGGGAUCUCCUGGUGGAUCCGCUGCUUCAUCAUCAACUGCAUCCUCUUCCUCUUGCUCUUCUUCCUCACGACGCCGGCCAUCAUCAUCUCCACCAUGGAUAAGUUCAACGUCACCAAGCCCGUGGAGUAUCUGAACAACCCUAUAGUCACUCAGUUCUUCCCCACCCUGCUGCUCUGGGCAUUCUCCGCUCUGCUGCCUACCAUCGUCUAUUAUUCCACCUUCUUUGAAGCUCACUGGACCAGGUCUGGAGAAAACAGGACGACGAUGCACAAAUGUUACACCUUCCUGAUCUUCAUGGUUCUGCUGCUGCCGUCUCUCGGACUCAGCAGUCUGGACGUGUUCUUCCGCUGGCUGUUCGAUAAGAAGUUCCUGGCUGAUGCCAAGGUCCGAUUCGAGUGCGUCUUCCUACCGGAUAACGGAGCUUUCUUUGUCAACUAUGUCAUCGCCUCGGCCUUCAUCGGGAACGCCAUGGACCUGCUGAGGAUUCCCGGUCUGCUCAUGUACAUGAUCCGCCUCUGUCUGGCUCGCUCCGCCGCAGACCGCCGCAAUGUGAAGAGGCAUCAAGCCUACGAGUUCCAGUUCGGAGCUGCUUACGCCUGGAUGAUGAACGUCUUCACGGUGGUGAUGGCCUACAGCAUCACCUGCCCUAUCAUCGUCCCCUUCGGUCUUAUGUACAUGCUGCUGAAACACCUGGUGGACAGGUACAACAUGUACUACGCCUACCUGCCCUCCAAGCUGGACAAGAAGAUCCACUCUGCCGCAGUGACCCAGGUGGUGGCCGCACCCAUCCUCUGCCUUUUCUGGCUGCUCUUCUUCUCCACUGUGCGCACAGGCUUCGAAACCCCCACCUCCAUGUUCACUCUGGUGGUUCUGGUCGUCACCAUCGUGGUCUGCCUUUCCCACGUCUGCUUCGGACACUUCAAGUACCUGAGCGCCCACAAUUACAAGAUCGACACGAAGGAGAGCGACGUGGAUGCCGUGAAGAACGGACGACCCGCUCGCUCUUCGUCCUCUCCGACCACCAAGUCUCAGCAGCAGCAGGCGCCACAGCAGCAGAUGUACAUCGCCCAGGUGCUCCAGGAUCCAAACUCGGAUGAGCCGGGCGGCGCCAGCAGCGAGGAGGACCGAGGCUCGUCUCAGGACGAGGAAAUGCUCAACGGAGGGAGCAGCAUCAAUGAGGCGGAUUUCCAGUCGGGGGAGGACAGUCUGAUCGCCAACGAGGUCCAUCAGUAGCUGGAGGCGGAGCUAGAGGGAGGGGCGGAGCUAGCCCCGUCACAGCUACAACUAAAGCUAACUGGAGGUUUACCGUCCGCACUCAAACAGUAGUGUGGCUAGGUUAGCCCCGCCCCCUCUCGGCCUGAAGACUCGACCCUGACUUUGGACGCCGGCGCCGGAUCGCCACCAUCCAGCCCUCCGUAGGAAGUCACUGUACAUACCCACAAAGCCAAAACUGUUGUUUGUAUUCCGGGUGAGGGUGGGUUUAACUUGUGCCUGGCUGGCUCCCGUCUGUUCGCACACGUGUCUUGAUCCCUGAAGGUUGUCAGGACUCAACCCUUUUGUUUCCUCGCCAUCGUCCUGCCAACACCCCAGGACGACCGCCGGCCUCAGAUCGUCCGCUCGCGUAGCCGUAGAAGCCUCUUUCCCGCAGAACCGUCUCUCCUUCCUUCAGUUUCAGAAACUGAUCUUUGUUCUGCACUUCCUGGAAGUUUUAGCUCGUUUUUCUGUUGACCUGCCCGAGCUUCUCGCUGCAUGUUGUUAGAAGUGAUAUCGCCGCCUAGAGGCCAUAUCGUUCAUCACAGGGACAAAUUCGCCACCCUGAUUUCAUCUGGAUGUCGGCAGCUCGUCCAUCCAGCUGCCCAAUGGGUCUCUGUUCCUGAGCCGUGGAUCCUUCCCCUCACCGAUUAGUUUCUCCUGGACCACCCUAAGUUGUGGAUAAGGGACGCUGGUGUCUUUGUAGCUUAGCCCUCCGACUCCUCCUAAGACUCUUCCAGCAGCAGCAGAGAACUCGGAUGUCUGGAAACAGGGGAUCGAACCUUGUCUGGUCCGUCGGGAAGCCUGAAGCUGUCUGGGCUCUCCAGGGAAAUAAUUUUCAGUCCGUUUAUAGUGAGAUGUGUGUGUGUGUGUGUAUGUGUGUGUUUGUUUUUUCUCCAGAAUUUGCCUCGUAUGUUUCAGCACCGUCUCAUUCAUGGAUCAGUGACUGGUCGGACAGGUGACAUGUGCCGAUCUGACCACCAGAUGGCAGCAGCCGUAUGUUGCAGUGCAGCUCUAGCUGCCCCCUGCUGGACGUUACUCCUCCAACAUGAGAAGUUUUUUUUCUGUUGAUCCAUUUCAGCUUAGGAGAGAUGUCACCUUAGGUCCUAAAAGAUUCUGUUCAAAGCGGACCCGAUCGGUGUUGUCCACCCGCUUCCCUGUGGUCCAGUAUCUUUUUCUGAUGCUUUAACAGAAUCAAACCUUCGACACUGGAUCUUUCUGAAUCAGUUUUUGACCAACUGGUGCUGCUGGUGAAAGCUAAACCCGGGUCAGAACUGAGUCUGGUCCGUUCCCGGGUUUUCCUUUCCGGGUCGAACCCAGAAUCAGUCCAUGCAGACAAUGAUGCCCAUGUUGUUUCCCUGAGUUUGGUGUGAGAUGAGCCGACGGCACCGCUGUCAGUUGCCUGGUAACAGGGAAGCUGUUUUUGGUGUUUGUUUCUCCUGAGUUCAUGUUUACAUUUGUUUUGUUUAGCUGUGUGUGUGUGUGUGUGUGUGUGUGUGGGACACCGAGCUGGACUAUGAAAGCUGCAGCAGGUCCGAUCCGGCCCUCUGCACGCUGGAGAACCCGCAGUGUUUGUGUCCGUCUUGUUGCGUGACCUCGGCCCUGAUUGUACACACAGGAACCAGAACCCUCUGGAGGGUUUUUUCUUUUUGCAGCGGAUCUGGAUAAAAAAUUUAAGGUUUCCUCGUUCAGCUCAGGACCUUCUGGUUCCGGCGUGUUGCAUCGAAAGGUUUUAAACCUGAACGUCUCUGUUGGAGAUGAUCGGACGCAAACCGACCCGAGGGACGGGUCUGACCCGGACCGGGUUCUGAGCAGCUGAGCUGAACCUGGAGACGCGGUUAAAAGUCUGUGUGAUAUUUUUGUAUCCUGCUGACUGAAGUAUUUGAUACCGAAUCGUGUUAACGAAGCUGUGACGACUGGAAGGUUUUUAAAUCCGACACUUUUUGAUUUUCUUAUUCGUUUGGGUUUUUUUGUUUGUUUGUUUUUUUAACACGUUGCCGAAGCGACUGAAAUGUGAAGCUAAACUCAGCUGAGAGCUGCAAGGAAAUGAAACCGUAAGAUGAUGAUGGUGAUGAUGAUGAUGAACUGUGUAAAUAGCCAUGGGACUGCUCCGCUUCCUGUCAGGCGUUAUUUAUUGCUGUGACUAUUUAUUUUUACCGGUUCUCCGGAUGUACAGUGAAACUUUUGUCCUAUUUAUGUUCAAUCAUCAAUAAAGAAGCUGGCUCCCAC